AGAAAGCUCGAACAUAUAAAAAGAAAGCCCAAAAGCCAAACAAAUGGCAAUCUCACACAUACCCAGCAUAGGCACAGUGACCCCUUACUCUCUUCGUCUUUUACGCUCUUCAGCUCCAUUUGCUCCCAAACUCAGCCCCCGAAUCUCUUUACCAAAGAAGCGCUUCUUCUUCUUCUUCUUCUCCGUCUCAGCUUCUUCUUCAGCAAUGGCUUCUUCUCCCGCUCCUAAGGUUUUGGUUCCGAUUGCGAAUGGCUCGGAACCGUUGGAAGCCGUGAUCACCAUCGACGUUCUGCGACGAGCUGGAGCCGAUGUUACCGUUGCCUCUGUGGAGAAGCAGCUCCGAGUCGAUGCUUGCCAUGGGAUCAAGAUCGUCGCUGAUGCUUUGAUUACUGGUUGCAGCCAGAGCGUCUACGAUCUCAUCACUCUACCUGGAGGCAUGCCAGGAGCUACAAAUCUUAAAAAUAGUGCAGUACUGGAAAGCUUAGUGAAAAAGCAGGCUGAGGAUGGACGGAUUUAUGCAGCAAUAUGUGCUUCACCUGCUGUGGCACUUGGUGGAUGGGGUUUACUUAAGGGAAAGAAAGCAACUUGUUAUCCAUCAUUUAUGGAGCAAUUAGCAUCUAGUGCAAAUGCUGUUGAAGCAAGAGUUCAGGUAGAUGGCAAAGUUAUAACAAGUCGUGGACCUGGCACUACCAUGGAGUAUGCUGUUACGCUGGUUGAGCAAUUGUUUGGGAAAGAGAAAGCUGAUGAAGUUUCUGGCCCAUUGGUAAUGCGAUCCAACCACGGUGAUGACUAUACUAUAAAGGAGCUAAAUCCAGUGAAAUGGACAUUCAGUGAUAACCCAAAGAUUCUGGUGCCUAUAGCCAAUGGCACAGAGGAAAUGGAAGCUGUUAUGAUCAUUGAUGUUCUACGACGAGCAAAAGCAAAUGUAGUGGUGGCCUCUCUUGAGGAUAAGCUAGAAAUUCUGGCUUCUCGUAAAGUUAAACUAGAAGCAGAUUUGCUCCUUGAUGAGGCUGCUAAACUUUCAUAUGAUCUAAUAGUUUUGCCUGGUGGGCUUGGUGGUGCCCAAGCAUUUGCAAACUCGGAGAAGCUGGUGAGUUUGCUAAAGAAGCAGAAUGAAUCAAAUAGACCUUACGGAGCAAUAUGUGCUUCCCCAGCCCUAGUCUUGGAGCCCCAUGGCUUACUCAAGGGCAAAAAGGCCACAGCUUUUCCUGCGCUGAGCAAUAAGCUGUCAGAUCAGAGCGAAGUUGAAAACAGGGUGGUGGUGGAUGGCAACCUCAUCACCAGCAGAGGGCCAGGAACUUCCAUUGAGUUUGCUUUAGGAAUAGUGGAGAAGCUGUUUGGUCGCGAGAAAGCAAUAGAGCUUGCGAAGACCAUGCUUGUUGUACACCCUUAGAGAGCUUGUAUGUGUACUGUGUAUGACUUUGAAUAGAAAAUGGUGGGAAGUUGGAUUCAUGUUUGCAUAUGAAUCCACUUUAAUUAUAUGUGACCAUCUGUUCAUAAAUAAAUGAGUUUCAUGGAACUGGUUGUCAGUCAA